GUAGGCGGCAGUUGUGAUAUUGUUUUAACAUGGAAAACAUUACAAAGGUCUGGCUGGGCCCGCUGCCCGCGGAUUCCCCUUACGUGAAACCCAAUCGCAUGUACUAUGUGCAAAAUGGCGUCGAGAAGAAUUGGGAUCUGUUGAAGGUGCAUGACAGCGUUGCCAUUAUAUUGUACAACACAACACAACAGAAACUUGUGCUGGUUCGUCAGUUUCGUCCAGCCGUUUAUCACGGCGUCAUCACCAGUGAGUUGGGCAGCUUUGACGAGGUUGAUCUGAAGGCUUUUCCCCCAGCAAUUGGCGUGACCUUGGAACUGUGUGCCGGCAUUGUUGAUAAGUCCAAAAGCUGGGAGGAAAUUGCACGCGAGGAGGUUCUGGAGGAAUGCGGCUACGAUGUACCCGUGGAGCGCAUUGAACAAGUUUUGAUUUACCGAUCGGGCGUUGGCGCCUCGGGUGCCAAGCAGGCCAUGUACUACUGCGAAGUGACGGAUGCUGAUAAGGCCAACAGCGGCGGCGGCGUCGAGGAUGAAAUCAUCGAGGUUGUCGAGCUAUCACUGGAGGAGGCCAAUCGCAUGGUACAACAAGGUGCCGUUGUCAAUAGUCCGCCCACCUGUCUGAUGGGCCUGAUGUGGUUCUUUGCAAAUAGGGCACCCAAAAGCGCUUAGCCGAAAACGUGUUAUCUCGCUUAACCGUAUUAUCUAGUUGAUAACAACUUGAGAAUGAUAAUACUCCAAACUGCAAUAUUUAUGUACACACACACUGAGAGAAAACUUCGUAUGCUUUCCAAUUAUGAACCGUUAACACGCUCAGCGUAUAGAAAUUUUCAAUGCCUUUCGAGUCUAAAUCGAUAGUACAUAAAUACACAACAUAAAUAUGUAAAUACAUAUACGUACUAUAUUCUUCCAUAAUCUGUAUGUUUGAGAAUAAACUGUACUUCCAAGUACAGCAGUGGACAUACAAAUAGCACCAACAAAAACAAAAGUA